CAAGUCGGGCGCUUUGCUUUCGCAGCCCCAAUUUCUGGAGCCUGGAGAUCUUUCGUGAAUUGCGGACGAGGCCGCUGAAGCCUUCGACUGAGUAAUUACGCAGAUACAUUAAGGUCCGAGUUCUCCAGGCUGAUUGGACUGCGCGAGGCACUCCGAUUAGAAGCGGCGUCUGCCCAUCAAGCAUCCAUGCCCUGCCUCUCCCUUUCUGGGUGGAUAGAUAUCGAAGUUGCCUGGAUUUUGAGAGUACACGUUUGUUGGCCCGGCCCGACAUUCAUUAGGCCUUAGGAUGCAAAAGUACAAGUGAAGAGAGAAACAGGCGGGAGCCUUCGGUUAGGCUCAGAGGUGUCAGUCAAGGGAUAAGCGGGCACAAACGCCAGUCAAAGCAGUUCUAGUGAAGGUACCACCCGAACCGGGCGGAAGGGAGAGGAAGGGCUCCUUUCGAUUGGACCACAAGGAAGGCAGAUCCGCCCUCUGUGCUCUGCGAUUGGUUGAGCGCAAGCCGUGCCCCUCACGCCGGCAGCCAUCAGUUCGAGAAGUGGUCCUCUCUCGCCCCACUUGCAGCUUCUGCUGGGUCAGUAGGAAGGAGUCCGAAGGGGCUCUUUGGGUUCCCGACCAGGUCCGACGUAGAUCGGGAGAGACGCGGGCUAGCUCAACGGUGAGGGAACACCAGUCGGCGGCGGGAAAGGGGACCCACGGGGAAAGAAUGAAGCUCUGCAAUCAGAAGUGUCUUCCGUGAGGCGUGGCUUCCGGAAGUGUGGCCAAUCCCCAGCAGCACCCGGAAGUGUGAUGCUGCUGCCGCUCCGGGAAGUGUCGGUGUCCGUCCAGGGGAGAUUCGGGGUUGAAACAGGGAUGUGCAGAUGGAGGCCGGAGGAGACAGUGCUGCCCCGGCCCCCGGGGCUGCGGACGACUUGGAGGACCUGCAGUUCCCCAGCGAGGAGACUGGAGACGAUGGCGGGAUUCGCACGGGUCCGCCAGAUCCCGGAGACGGGGACCUGGAAGAAACAGGAUCCAAGGCCGAGGACCAGUCGCCCAGCCUCCUGUCACCACUGCCCCAGUCAGAGGCCCCACCAAGUACCAGUGAGCACUGGAGUACUGCAGCCUCGGACAGCAUUCAUGGCCCUGAGAGUGACUCAGGGGGCCAAGGUGGGGACCCCAGCAGCGGGGACCCCAGUGACGAGGACUGGCGCAGCCAACGGAAGCAUGUGUUUGUGUUGAGUGAGGCUGGCAAGCCCAUCUACUCACGGUACGGUAGCGUGGAGGCGCUGUCAGCUACGAUGGGCGUGAUGACAGCCCUUGUGUCCUUUGUGCAGAGUGCCGGAGAUUCCAUCCGCGCCAUCUACGCUGAGGACCACAAGCUGGUGUUCCUACAGCAGGGCCCGCUGCUGCUGGUGGCCGUGUCCAGGACUCCUCAGUCAGCAGCCCAGCUGCGCGGGGAGCUCCUGGCUGUGCACGCGCAGAUCGUGAGCACUCUGACGCGUGCAAGCGUGGCCCGCAUCUUCGCACACAAGCAGAACUACGACCUCCGCCGCCUGCUGGCUGGCUCCGAGCGGACUCUGGACCGGCUUUUGGACAGUGUGGAACGAGAUCCAGGCGCCCUGCUGCUGGGCGCUGUGCGCUGCGUGCCCCUUGCCCGCCCCUUGCGGGAAGCACUGGGCGCCCUGCUGAGGCGCUGCACAGCACCCGGCCUGGCGCUGUCCGUGCUGGCAGUUGGGGGUCGACUGAUAACAGCUGCCCAGGAGCGGAACGUGCUGGCCGAGUGCCGACUGGACCCUGCCGACCUGCAGUUGCUGCUUGACUGGGUGGGUGCGCCGGCUUUUGCGGCAGGCGAGGCCUGGGCACCCGUGUGCCUGCCCCGCUUCAACCCCGACGGUUUCUUCUAUGCCUACGUGGCCCGCCUGGAUGCCAUGCCUGUCUGCCUGCUGCUGCUCGGCACCCACCGCGAAGCCUUCCAUGCCAUGGCCGCCUGCCGGCGCCUGGUGGAAGAGGGGAUGCGGGCCCUCGGCGCCCUGCGUGCUCUCGGGGAACCUGCCAGCUUCUCUAAUGCCCCGGCGGCCAGUGCCCCUGCGUACAGUGUGCAGGCUGUGGGGGCACCGGGCCUCCGGCACUUCCUUUAUAAGCCACUGGACAUCCCUGACCACCACCGCCAGCUGCCCCAGUUUACCAGCCCUGAGCUCGAGGCCCCCUACAGCAGAGAAGAGGAGCGGCAGCGGCUGUCGGACCUGUACCACCGCCUGCACGCUCGCCUGCACAGCUCCUCCCGACCCCUGCGCCUCAUUUACCACGUGGCUGAGAAGGAGACGCUGCUGGCCUGGGUGACCUCCAAAUUUGAGCUCUAUACCUGCCUCAGCCCCCUGGUGACAAAGGCAGGUGCCAUCUUGGUAGUGACCAAACUCCUGCGUUGGGUGAGGAAAGAGGAGGACCGACUCUUCAUUCGUUACCCACCCAAGUACUCCACACCCCCAGCCACCUCUACGGACCAAGCUCCCCAUAAUGGCUUAUUCACUGGACUCUGAAGGGUGGUGCUCCCAGCCUGCUGGAGUGACUGUCUUGGGUCUCCAACCUGGAAAUGUGGGUGGGGCAGCUGUCUUUGGCUGGUCCCUCUCUCCCUGGGCAGGCAGGCAAGAUCUGAGGGCCUGCCCACAAAUGGGAAAAGGGUGAAGGCAGCCAGGGAUAGAGGCUGCUCCUCCAGCUCCUUCAUCACUUCCAGCUCUGGGCAAAGGCUCUGCCCACCUCUGCCUCACCUCCUCCAGUCUCUGUCAGGGGCUGUCCCCUUAAACCUCUUCAUAAAUCUGUUUCUUCAUUGGACUGUCAGCUCUGAUUGUCUAGGGCUGACCAGGAUUUCUAGGGUGUCCCACAGGGGCUCUAGAACUGGGAAUACAGGGUCAACCUGUACCUGGAACUGACCUGAAGGGUGUUUUAAAGAAAAAAACUAUGUAAAAGGCUUAAAACCAAGCUCCUAAAGGAUACUCCUUUGCCCUUCAUGCACUUGUGUUCAUUUUUACCCUGCGUCAACGUUGGCUGCUUUUAAUAAUAGCAGGGUUACAGCCUCCCUUGGAAAAGAGGACAUGGAGCGCCUGACUUCCGCAGUGACCAGGAUCGGGAAUUUUUACGCAGGAGGUGCACUUGGUGUCUAAGGCACAUUGUACUUCUCUCUGAAACACACCUAACUUUCUCUCAUAGGUUCUGUAAUGAAGAUUUGCAAACGGAACGGGAUUCAGACUGUCAUGGCACAUGCAUAUUUAUCCCAGGUUUUGGCAGCCCGCCACAACACAAGCAUCCUAAUAGAGACCUCCUUGGUUUGCUGUGGUCAUCAUCCUCACCACCCGCAGCCCCUAACGCCCGGUGCCCCGUCCCGCCCCUGUUGAACCGGUACGCCUCGCAGUGGUGCGCAUGCGUGCCAACUGUCCAUCAGGCGCGCCAGGUGUUGUGCGCGUGCUCACAGCAGAUGCUCUCAUUCCUCCGCCCGAGGUCAACCGAUGGAGUAAAUGUGCCAGAUCGCUUGCGAACUGCCUUUCGCCCUCACGUGGGUAUUACUUUGUAACCCGUCGUCGUCCCAGGCAAACGCGCAGCCCGGCGUUGGAAAAUGGCAGCGGAGCCGGGGGCUCUGAGCCAGGAGCCCGGAGCGCCGGAGCAGGCUGGAGGUAGUGCGGGCGCGGCGGGCACCUGCGGCCAGGGCUGCCCGAGGGCCUUGGGGCCUCCGGUAACCGAGAAUGGUGGCAGGAGUUAAACAGAAUGAAUUUUAAACCUUUUAUUAUUGAGACUUUUAACCGUUCUACUACGUGGCGGUAAAUAACAUGCACAUUCUCAUCACCCAGAUUAACUCUGUCCACUUCAGACGUGUUGCUUGGGUGUUUUGUAAACAGUAAAUAAUUUGGUGUGCGUAUCUUCAAACAAAAUGGGGAGGGGAUGUUCUAGCAGAAAUCACGCAGCUGCUGCGACCCUGAGAAAACUAGCUUAUUCUCCAGUGCCACUAUUCCACACCAAGCCUCCAUCACACUCUACAUGAAUUCUUAAGUCUCCUAAGGAGAGUGGCUUUUGAGUUAAUAAUGACAGCUCAUCCAGAGUGGUGAAAGGCAGGGGGCGUGGCCAAAACUCCAAAUUGCAGACUAACCAAAAGGAAAAAAAAAAAAAACUCGGAAGGCUUAAGUAAUAAUGUACUAAUAUGAUGCUAGCGAUUUUUUGUUAAAGAAAUUUUCAAAAUGUACCAAAGUUGAGAAAAGAACACAAUGAAUGCCCCUACACCCAUCACCCUACUUCAACAGGUUGGUUUCCAGCUUGCCUCAUACCCAUCUCUAACCACCCUUCCUGCACACUCUUCAGACCUUUGUAUUCAUAAGCACAUCAUACUACAUCUUGCAAGAAUUACAUGCAGACAUCAAAGUGAUGAUGAUUUUCUUGUCUAUUAUCUGUCCUAGGAUGUGAGCCUCAUGAGAACAGAGACUAAUCCUUGCUGUUUUUCAGCACCUAAAAUAAUGCUUGGCACAUAGUUGGUGCUCAGUCAUUUUUUAACGUGUGAAUAAUGAAAUAAUUUGAACACAGAGAAUUGUCUUAGAGUCAGCUUUCAAAGAAAGGAUAGUUAUAAGAUAGGUGUAAAUAGAUCCCAUUUAUUAGUCUUUUAAUGUAGAGGCCACCAAUUAAAAAAAACUUUUAUUAUCAACCUUUCAAAUUCCUCAAAGUUGAAGUUAUGAUUAACUUCAUCAGCAGUGGAGAAAACUGAAAAUCAUCAAGUUACCAAUUCUUACCCAUCAUAUUGGCUUUAUAAAGGAAGGGAUAAUAUCUAGCAUUGAUUACCCAGUGGUGAUAACAGGCUUUCUUUUGCCAAAGAGGACAACUGGCCAGUAAAGGCUUUGCAAGGGGCAGUUUGGUAGUGUGUGUUUAGCAUCGCCUCAGUCAUUCUAGGUUACCAUAGGAGAGGACACAGAUGCAUGGGCCAGGAGUGGGCAUCAGGGUGUCGUUAAUGGAGGCAAGAUACAAGGAGUAAUCAUAGAAAUGGCUAAAUCUAGGUAUGUUCAUGCACAUUGUGGGGUGCCUGUGGGUGGCAGGAAAAAUAAUUUUUAAGUGGAUGGAAUCAUUAUUGACAGUAAGAUCCAAAGGAAGUCAUUUUUACUAGUGAAGAGGAAGAUUGUCAGGUAUAGGCUUCAGUGUGUUAUACAGAAAAAUGUCAGAAAGCAUACAGCCCAGCGGGUAGCUCUAGACAGGGGAAUCAAAUUUGGGGCUGGUGCAGAGUGGAGGCAUUUCUGUGAUUUAUUAUUUUGUUUUUCUUUUAGGAAAGUAUAGGUAUUAAAGUGCAAUUCUAAAAUACAAGGGGGAAAGAGGGGAAAAAUGAGUGACAUCUGAGGAUCAUAUACUAACAUUGGAUCAGUGUUAACAUCCAAAUGUGGAUGGUUAUGCUGUGGUUACUUGGAGUUCCUGUGUAUAUAGGAAGUAUAGACUGGAAUAUUAAAGAGUGAUGGACCAAAAUGACUGCAACUCACGGUUCAGAUACUCAAAAGUGGGGACUCUGGUAGAAGAGCAAAUGGGGGCACUGUAGCCUAUUGUGACAACUUGCAUUACAUCUGAAAUUUAUUUCAGAAUAAAAUGUUUAAAAGGGGAUUCAUACUUCACAGCCUGCUUUUUACUAUAACAUAAAACUUUUAAAAAUUUUACAAGAUGUCAGAUUAUUUAAAAGAUUGACUUAUCGCUUUCUCCUGGCCUCAUGUCCAGCACUAGAACAUUGCAGAGAGGAGACAUAUAGGUGAAUCUUUUGCAGAAAUGGUUGUCAAAGCCAGCUAGGAAAGACGGGGGACAAUCAGAGGAAAUUAUAUGUGGUCUGAGCAUUAUGUGAUAUUAUGUGAUGAUUUUUUAUCUUUUUGGAUGUGAUUAUAAGACUAAAGUUAUCCUAGAAAAUGUCUUGCAAAAGUAACUGGGGCGAAUGUCAAGAUGCGGAGGCUUGAUGGAAGAUGCUUGAACACAGGGAAAAAAGCUGAAGUGAAAGUGGGUGAAUAUUCACUCUUACUGGAUCUGGGCCCUGCGCACCUUGGAGCCCAUGAUGGCGUCCUCGUUCCCACGUGCAUUUGAAAAUCUUCACAAAAUCUUGAAGACCAAACAGUCACAAACACUUCUCCUUGUUGUUUAAAACAGUUUUGGUUUCAUUUCUAAAUAGUAAGAAUAUUUCAAUAAUUAAAACGUCUCAAGAGGAGACCUAGCAGCUCAGUGUGAUUGUAUCUGGGCAGAGAGAUUGAGGGCCAAGGAGAGAAGGGGAUGUGCCAUUUUUAACUUCACACAUUUCUGUGGUGCCUGAAUUUUCUUUCUCUGUUACUUGGGUAAUAACUAAUGGUCCAAAUAUCACUAAAUUGCUGGCCGUUUACUUCUGGAAAGGGGAAUGACUUGGAGAAUGGGCUGUUGGAGAGACUUUUAAUUCCAUGUUCUAUAUUUGUUCAUUAUUUAAGUAGUUUAAAAAUUAAAAUGCCCAAUUAAACCAAUGAAUACUAAUUUAUGAGAGAUUUCAGGCCAGACAAAAAGAUGUAAAGAAGGUGAAGGUUAGACAUGCCAUCAAACACAUCAACAAAAUUUAAAAAGUUCAGGUUACAAAACCCUGAUUUACAAUUAUGAUUUUCAAUAACUAGAGAAUUUCAUUCUACAAAUGUGCUAUUGUUAGCUAACCCCCUAAGGUAUCUUCAGGUCACUUCUUUAUUUUAAGAUUACAGAUAGUGAAGCAGUGAACUUCUUGCCCAUCAUUCUUAACUAUUUCCUUAAGAUGUGUUCCUCAGAGUGGAAUUUCUGAUGUAGAGGAGAUGAGGAAGGUUUUGAUAUUACCAGAAAGUGGUAAUAUCAAAAUAGAGUUUGCCUAUCAGACUGGCAAUAAAAAGGACGGGGGGUGAAAAUUAUACUUGGCAGGUAAGAGUAGGGGGAAGGUUCUUUUGUGGACCCCCAAAACAUGGAGGGCAAUUUCAUAACAUGAGCCAGUUUAAAUAAUAAGCAUUGCCUUUGAUGCCACAGAUGGCCCCUGCCUGGGUCUUGUUCCCCGUGUAUCUAGUAGACAAGCACAAAGGACUUACAAGGAUGGUGUGCUGGGUAAAAUGGAGCAACUCCCACACUGUGUACCCACCAGAACCUCAAAAUGUCACCUUAUCUGAAAGUAGGGUCUUUGCAGGUGUAACUAUUUAAGAUGAUAGGGUGGGUUAUAAUUCAAUAAGAAGAAGGAAAUAUGGACACACAGGUCCACACCAAGAGAAUGGCACGUGAUGACAGACACAGGACGGAAGGCCAGUUUGUGGUACUUUGUUGCGGCAGCUAAGAAGAGCAAUAUGGGGGUCACUGGCAUUGUUUAUAAAUGUCCACGUAGGAGACUGCUCUUCAGUCAUGGUAUAUCCAUGCAGUGGAACAUUAUGUGGCCACUAAAAAUAAGAAAAAGAUCACCAGUAUACAUUGUCAAAUAAAAAAUGGAAAAUGUACAACAUCAUGUAGAACAUACUACCAUUUACACAGAAGAAUAGAGUACAUGUUUGAUUAUGAAUUGAAUGACUUGUAACAGUAAUGACCUCUGAGGAGGGGAGUAGGUACAUAGGACCUGAGGGAGGGGGUCUUUCACCAUAUGCUCUUGUGGGAAAGCAUUUCUGCCUUCACUUUCUGGCUUCUGUAUGUGUGUAUGAGCUGCAUCUCUGCCUCGUUUUCCUUGGAGACAAGUGGUCACUGGGUUUUGACCUUUUCUCAUUGAUUUAAAGAGUUUAAGAUGUUUUGAAAGUGCUAAUAUUUUCCUGUGGUUUUUUUGUUCGUUGUUGUUGUUUGAAUUUUAAAAGUAAUAAAGUCUGAUGUUAAAAUGUA